AUGCGUGCCCUCUCCAUCGUUCUCUUCAGCAGUGCCCUGUAUACCUUGGCACUGCCCAGCACUCCAGGCGAAUGUAAACCUCUAUCGUCGCUAUCAUUUACGUACCCACCUUCAACUGCCAAAGGACUCUCUGCUCACAUUAUAUUCAACAACUUGACCGAGCCCCGUGGCAUCCGCAUCGAUGGACAGAAUAAUCUGCUGGUCAUUGAAAGGCUCAAGGGAAUGGUUUCCCUAACAAAACGAAAUGAUUCAACUUGCGUCGGGUGGGAGAAGCGCGUUGUAAUAUCACAAGCGGAUCUUGAGCACGGAAUCGAAAUUGGACCGAUUCCUGGGAAGAAAGACAAGCAGUACUUGUAUGCCACUUCGCAGGAGACUCUAUAUCGGUGGGAGUACGACCCAAAGAACGCUGUGAUUGUUGGAAAUUCCACUAUACUCGUGUACAAUAUGACGAAUCCUGGCAACUUCAACGACACAAACCCCAAUCAUGUUACACGAACUCUGCUUUUGCAGCCCGACGCCAAUCAACAAUCGGAAUAUAUCAUUGUUAGUCGUGGCUCAGCUGGAAACUCUGAUGACGGGGCGGCCGAUGUGAAUACGGGACGUGCUCAAAUCAGACGAUUUCCUCUCACCAAGAAACAUAUUCCUGCGCAAGGUUAUAGUUGGAACGAAGGGACAAUUCUGGCGUGGGGAGUCCGUAACAGUGUUGGUAUUGCUCUAUCAAAGGAUAAAAAGGACUUGUGGGGGAUUGAAAAUGGCUCGGACAACGUUCUGUGGCGCGGUGUUGACGUACACAAUGAUAAUCCGGCGGAGGAGCUCAACCGGAUUUCUCUUCACGAGCCCGAAAGGAUUCCCAAUGAGCGCAAGUUCUAUGGGUACCCAUAUUGCUUUACCACUUGGAACUCCUCUUCUGUUCCUCGCAAUUGGUCUCAACCCGUCUUCGACUUGCCGACGGGCGCCCAAUUCUCGAUCCUUCCACUAGGGAGCCAGCCCGACGAUGCUUGGUGUCAAAACCCAAAAAACAGUAAACCAUCUCGUCUUUUAUUUCAAGCACACUCCGCGCCUCUCGACUUUGUUUUCUACGAUACUUCGAAAUACGGCUCUAGAAAUAACGAUGUUGGCCUCACCCGCAACUGGGACGGCGAUGCGUUCUCAGCCUUCCACGGGUCCUUCAAUAGCAACCCACCAACAGGAUAUAGCGUUGUUCGUAUUCCAUGGGCGAACGAUGCUCCACGUGCAUCCGCUAAUUCCACUAAAGGGUACGAGCAAAUAUUGUAUGCGCCCGAUAAGACCAAAUGCCCUUCACAAUGCAUUCGCCCUGUUGCUUUGGCAUUCGGUAAGCAGGGGGAACUGUACGCGACUUCCGACGAGACCGGAGAGGUUUUUGUGAUCGAAAAUAGAAGACACUAA